AUGACAUUCAAUAAGUUUGACAUCAAAGGAAGAACUGCAUUGGUCACAGGUGGUGGACGUGGAAUAGGUCUGGCUUGUGCCCAAGCUUUGAUAGAAUCGGGUUGCAACUGUGCCAUAUUUGAUGUGAUCGAUUCAACUAUAGACGUUGAAGAACUGGCAAAGACAAACGACGUGAAAGUGAAGCAUUAUAUAUGCGAUAUAUCUGAUGAAAAGGCAUUGAGAGAAGGAUUUGCAAAGUUUAUUCAAGAUUUUGAAGGAAAAUUGGAUAUCUGUGUUCCUUGUGCUGGUGUGAAUAAGAACCUACCAUUUCUAGAUACUACAUUUGAAGAAUUUGACCAACUCACCAAUAUCAAUUCAAGAGGUGCUUAUUUCAGUGCCCAGCUAGCUGCUAAACAAAUGAUUGCAAACAAAACAACAAAGGGCAGUAUUGUAUUCAUUGCAAGUAUGGGUAGUUAUAUUGCAAUCAGAUCACAAAACUCAAGUGCGUACUGUGCUACAAAAGGUGCUGUUCGUUCUAUGGUGGCUCCUAUAUCAGCAGAGCUUCAAAAAUAUGGAAUCAGAGCCAACUCUGUAAGUCCAGGUUACAUAAAGACUGCAAUGACAGCACCUUUCCCAGAUUUGAUUGAGAGUUGGAAAGACCUCACUAUGAAUGAGCGUGUUGGUGAUCCAGAAGACAUUCAAGGUGCCUGUGUGUUUCUAGCAUCAGAUGCCAGCACCUACAUGAGCGGUGAGGAUAUCAUUGUGGACGCUGGUGUUACCAAAUGGUAG